UAUUAUGGCCUGUGAUUCGUAUGAUGAAAAUUGCGAUGUAUCCGCUAUUUUCUUUGAUUUAGACAACACUUUAAUUCAAACAAGAAAAGGUGACAGCAGAGCCUGCAAUAAGGUUUGUAACAUUUUCAUCACUUAUUGACAUUGCCACGGUCAUGGGUAUUCGGACCGAACUGCGCGCGCUGUCACCCUCCGCGGUUUUCUAUUACGUCGUUGCGUUGAUCGCGUUGAUUUGCUUUUCUUGUGGAACACCUCAGCACCCUCCUUGUUGAACGUUCAUCGUUCCAGCGUGUUUAUAAAUAGAAUUUUCAUAGUUGGUGAACGUGAGCUCGACGUCCAGAUUUAGAUAUUUUGGAAGAGAACACGUGCUAAUUAUAAACGUGAUGUAGAUCGAGCGGCGUGGGCACGAUUCAGCUCUUUGCUCUCAGUGGAGUGCGAUCUGCAGCACCUCGUGUUCGCCCUCAAGUGCUUGUGAAAAUGGGUGAUAUAUCGGAGCCAAUAAAGAAAUGCGUUCUCAUACUCAAAUCGGCGCAAAGCGACACAGAGAAGUUCGCUGCGCUCUUUAUGGUGACGAAACUUGUGAAAGGAAAGGAUUGCAACUCCGCAGCUAAAAAAGCGCUGUUCGAAGCCAUUGGCUUCAAGUUCUUGAAGAAGCUCCUAACAGGCAACAGUGUGCAAGAUGAUUGUCCGCCGUCUGUAUACAAAUCCGUCGCACUCUCUGUGCUCACGUGUUUCUGCAAUGAACCCGAACUUGCUACUCAUCCAGAAAUGCUUGCUAACAUACCAGUUUUCCUUGACAUAGUACAGACAUCAGAUAAUGAUGAUUAUGAUGAUAACCUAAUAAUUAUUAGUGAAGCUUACACUUGCCUGCAAUGCAUAGCUGAACAUGAAGCUGGUCAAAAAGCCCUCAUUGAAGUCGGUGCCAUUAAGAAAAUGUCAGAAAUUUACUCUCACCAAAGCUUCCAAACAGAUGAAGCUCUUAAUAUUCUUGUGAAACUGGUGAGUCGGUAUGGCCCUGCGGCUUGGGGAAAGGACCCCAAACCAUUCCAUUCUUUGGUUAACAAAAUAGCUUUGGACUUUGCUACUGAUCAGUCAGACAGGAAAUUUGAAUUGGCAAAUGUACUUAGUUCUCUUUUGUACAGCUGCAGCAAAACAAUUGUAGGCCCCAGUGCAGCGGAUGAAACAUGGCCUCAGAGCAUUUACAGAGCAUUGCAUGACAUUCUCACCAGCAAAAUUGGCAAAAACCAAAGAGAUCCUGCUCUAAAAUUGGCUGCUAAUGUUGUUGAUGUGCUUGGAGUUGAAUGGUGUUUCAGUGAUGAAGAGAAUCCAAAAAAAUGUUUCCUGUUGCUACUUCAACUUUGUGCCAUUGAAGUAAGAAUGCAACUUGAGGACAGAAGUUUCAAACAGGCCUUUGCAAACGCAGAACUGGUUACAGCUUGCUUUAUCAUUCUUGAACUGUGCAUUAAUUACAUGGCUACAGAUCAAGUAGAUUUGGAACAAAAAGAAAAGCAAUCAGUGUAUACAAGUCUGAAAGGAGCUUUCAAUGCAGUUGUCUCCCUCCUAACUAAAGUCUCUAAUGAUAAGAACAAAGAUAAACUUCCAGAUGAGGAAAAAGUUUUUGUUUGUGCUAUGAUCAGAGUAUUGUCAGCAUGGAUAGCUCAAGAAACUACAGCAAUGCGAGAGCAAAUCUAUGCUUUGCUCCCAUUUAUAUUUACAAUGGCAAAUGAGUCCUUCCAUGGUUACAGAGCAAGGAAAUUAGCUGAGAAGAAUAAAUCUGAAGGAGAGCCUAUGGUGUUACAGAAUGAACUCAUGGGUCACAUUGAUGUGCUCCGUUUGAUGUUACCAGCUUUGUGCCACUUAGUUGUUGAGGAUAAAGCCAGAGAUGUAGUAUUAAAUUUGAAACAAGAAGAUAUCUUAUAUGAAGCUAUGAACUUCCACUGGUCAAUUGUUCACUACAAAAAGCCUAUUGUGCCAAAAUCAGAAAGAGGAAAAGUCAAAACUCAACCAGAACCAGAAAUGGAUCCUCAGGUUCUAGAAGAUAUGAAAGAUUCUAGGGCUGCUAUGGUCAGUCUUUGCAAUAUUUUCAUGAACCUCACUGUAUUAGCUCCAAAAGUUGUAGAAAAUAGCCUCUUGUUUAAUACUUUAAUGAAAUUUGUAUUCAAUAACUUGCCUGAACUCAAGGAUAUACCUGAAAACCUUGUACUUCAUGGACAUUUGGCAGUUCUAGGUCUGCUCUUACUUAAGCAACAAGCAAACAAAGUCAAAAAGAAUGACUUCUCAAUAUGCAGAUAUAUAACAUCAACAAUUCGAUUCCUCUGGGAUGCUUAUAACAUCGAUGAAUCAAAUGAUCCUACAGCCCUUGUAGUGUCAAUGGGUUACAAAGAACAUUGGAAUGAAAUUGCUGACUUAUGGUUCUUAGGCAUGCAGACAAUGAGUGGAGUUCUGACCCUAGUACCAUGGAUUUCAGAGUUUGCCAUUGAAAGUGGCUGGGCUGAGGGAAUUGUGGAAAUGCUUGCCAAAGUAAAAGUGGGAAGUCUUCCUCCCAAUGUUAAAUCUGCUUUUGAGGACUUCUUGUGCAGAUUAGUCGACUCUAAUGCAAGUGUUAUCCCAGUACUUAAAAAAGGUGGUGCACUGAAAAUGUGCAGAAGCCACCGAUUUAUGGAUUUAGGGAAAAAAUUGUUUGGAGACUAAGUGUAUUUGACAAUGUUUUAAUGAAUGUUGUAUUUUUUAAUUUUGUGAAAUUAUGUCAUAAUCUACAUUUAACACAAAUUGUCAAAGUACUUAAUUACCACACCUUACAAUGCAAGAUAAUAAAUUAUCAUAUUUACCUACAGAAGUGUGUUCCUAAUACUAUAAUACAUGUGAAACAAAUUCUAUUUUGAUGUUU